UAUGUCUGACAUUUGGUGUACUGAUUUGAGAGCCUUGUGCGUAAACAGUGUUUAUUUUUUGAAUUUUCUCAUAAGAAAAACACUUUUCAUUAUAUAAGUGCCAAAUACACUAAAAUUAUACCAAAAAGACUGUAGUAUAAUGAUGUAAAUCCUUGUUUAACGAUGGACCCAAGCAAAACUUCAAAACCCAGUCAGGCUGCGAAUUUGGAAGAUGAACCUUAUCCAAGUUUGUCAGAUUAUCACGAUUAUGAACCGAAUCUAGAGUUUGAUGAUACAGAAUUACAACAAAGUCCUGAUGAUAUUGCUCAAAGCAUUGAAUUCAUUGAAAUAGAGUCCUGUGAAACAUCCCCUGUUGAAGAUUUUCCAGAAGAGAAUUUUGAUGAAUUAGUAGAAGCAUGUGAAGAAAAUUCAUAUAGUUUAAUGUACUGUCCUUCAUAUCCUGCUGUGGAUGAUUCUGCUGUUGACAAAUAUGCUGAUAUUGCAAAAUAUGGUAUAGUAGAUGUCAAAGGGGAUGAUGCUGUUGGAAGAAAAAUAAUUGUUGUAUAUGCUUGCAAAUUGCCUCCAGUUAAAGAAAUCAAUCAUAGUCUUCUCUUAAGUUACUUAAUUUAUACAUUGGAUCAAUAUGUGGAACAAGAUUACAGUUUAAUUUAUUUCCAUUAUGGGCUCUGCAGUAAAAAUAAGCCAUCACUUAGUUGGAUAGUCCAGGUUUACAAAGCAUUUGAUAGAAAGUAUAAGAAGAAUCUCAAGGCAUUAUAUUUAGUACACCCAACAAAUUUUUUGAAAAUUGUUUCUCAAUUAUUCCGGCCAUUAAUAUCAGCUAAAUUUGGAAGGAAAUUGAAUUAUAUUAAUACGUUAGCGGAACUCAAUGAAGAGAUACCCUUAGAUAAAUUGGACAUUCCACAGGAAAUCAAAGAGCAUGAUAGAAAAUUAGGAGGAAUAGGGGAUCUUACUUCAGCGUUGGAUAAUUUGAAUGUUGUUCCUAGUCUACCAACUCAACAAUUUGGUAUAUCCCUUUCUGAUAUCAAGAAAAACUAUGGUUUGGUUAUCGCUCCCGUUGUUAGACAAUGCAUCGAAUUCUUGGACCAACCUGAUGCUCUUGAAACUGAGGGCUUGUUCAGGAGAUCAGCGAAUGGUGUGAAAGUGAAGCAUUUGAAAGAUCUGGCCAACUUGGGAAAACCCCUAAACUUUGAGGAUCCCCAUGAAGCAGCCGUAUUGUUGAAAACUUUUCUUCGAGAACUGAAAGAACCACUCUUAACUUAUGAGUUGUACGAUGAAGUUAUGCAAUUCCAAUGCUGGAAUAAAGAUGAGGUCCUGAAACAGGUACAAGUUUUAAUCAUGGAAAAAUUACCUGAAGAUAAUUACAUUGUCCUAAAAUACAUCAUUAGUUUUUUAUCAAGAGUGAUGGAACGUCAAGAUUUAAAUAAGAUGAACGCACAAAAUUUGGCAGUCGUAUUUGGUCCGAAUUUAGUGUGGUCCGAUAAUGUUUCGAUGUCUCUGGUGGCCAUUGGGCCUAUAAAUAUGUUUACCCAGUUUUUACUUCAGCAGCAUAACAAAAUUUUCAUGAUUUAAGCCUGAAAAUAUGAUAUGAUGCUCUGUGAUGUUAAUUUGCAUUUGUAAUAUUGUGUUGAUAUAAAAAAAUUAUAUAUUUCCGGAGUAUGUGUAUAUCAAACAAUUGUUUAUUUUAUACUAUUUGUUCGUUUGUAUUUAUGUAAUUGGGAUCAAAACUUAUGUUCUAUGUGAGGUUUUCACGUCAAUCAUCGAAUCACUAAGAUGUAAUUCAUCAUUCCAAAGAAUCAUAUUUUUGAUAGUACAGCAAACUAGUUUUAUUUAUAGAAAUUAUGCUUGCAUAUCUAUGUUUUAUCACUUAUUUUCUUAUUUGUUUUAUGUUUUCGUUGUUAAUGAUAUCCCUUAUUGAAACGAAUUAACUGACUGAAAUAUGUAAUAACAUUAUCACUAAUAAGUCAAAGAGUCAACAGGAAUAGCUAAAGUCUGACUUUAACGCAUAAAGGAUGGUUAGUGAACAAGAAUUUAUGAGAAAAAUAUACUCUAUCGUAAACUUACCGACUACAGAUAUUCCUGUUAUACAUGUUUCCAAUUUAUAAGUGGGCAGAUCAUCAUUUAUGAUGUAGAUCUUGUAGAAACUAACAAUUUUUUUCGAAUAGAAAAAAUUAAUAAAUCAUUAGAUUGAUUAGUCUGUUCACUUAUAAUUGGAAAAUACUUAAAUAUUAAUAUAAUACUAAAAACAUAUAUCAAUACCUCGUAGUUUUUUGUUAUACUGGAAAAAUAGAAUAAAUAUAUGAAUGUUAAUAAA